AAAAACAGAGGGAAUCAGCCUCGAAUUCCAGGCAUGUAACUGAUAUGCUACCGGUUAAAAUGGGACAAGACCACGAUGGCCAUGAAUGUAAUUGGGAGGGUCACUGUUUCACCACAGCAAGAACAAAAGCCGAGAGCAAUAGGAAAUCUUAUUAGGUAAAAUUAAUUUGCGUCGCCAAACAGAGGAGUGUUCUCGUUUUGUCCAGGUCAAGGUGAAAGACUGGAAAUCUCAAUUUGAUCUGUGGAUGUGAAACCGAGGACUGCAGCCUCUAUUGCAAAUCAUACAGUGUGAAAAGUUGCGUCUCUCAAUUCAACAAUCAGAUCGGGGAGCGCCUCUACCUUUCAAAAAUAGACAUUGUUAUGUCCUGGAUCAGCAUUGAUGUUUCGUGCGUCCGCCUAAUGUGACGCAUUCUGUUUUAUGGUGGGGCGAGCUUAUUUUCUUUGAAUAGCCUAUAUUCUGAAUCUGUAGGUCCGGUGUUGUUUGCAAUGCCUGAAAUUCCUGAACCCCACUGUUAUAUCUGUCGCCUCCGCUCAAGUCAGCAUGUCAUUGAUACCUGUGAUCCUCCUCCUCGGGAGUAUUUCUGUGGAAGUCAGCGGCCCGGCGAGAGAGGCGACUAUGAACUUGGAAGUUCUGGGCGAGAGGGGUUUCGUGGAUAAAGCGGCGGCAGUCUGCAGUGACUCAGAGGGCAGUGUCCCCUCACCCCUGUCCGCGGAAGACGAGCUGGGGUCCGAUGGAGACUGUACGGCCAACAGCCCGGCACCCACGAAUCCGGGUUCCGAGGGGAAAGGCAAAACCUACACCAGGCGCCCCAAGCCCCCUUACUCCUACAUCGCUCUGAUCGCCAUGGCCAUUAGGGACUCUGCCUCUGGCCGCCUGACCCUGGCUGAGAUCAACGACUACCUGAUGAAGAAGUUCCCCUUCUUUCGUGGCUCUUACACUGGCUGGAGGAACUCUGUUCGCCACAACCUGUCCCUCAAUGACUGCUUCGUCAAGGUGCUCCGUGACCCAUCCAGACCCUGGGGGAAGGACAACUACUGGAUGCUGAACCCCAACAGCGAGUACACCUUCGCGGACGGGGUCUUCCGCCGCAGGAGGAAGCGUAUUGGCCGCAAACUCCUCAAGGAAGCCACCGGCCCUGGAGACAAACGCCUCGAUCUUAUGCCUUCAACAUCCAGCAAGGAUGAAGGAGCCAAGUUCUCCAGCUCGUUUGCCAUCGACAGCAUCCUGAGCACACCGUUCCAGAGGCGAGAGGACAAGGUGGCGGCGGACGGCGCUACGAGGCUGUUCUGGACCAGUAGACCGCCUCUACCUUACCCUCUCCUCACCUACAGCCCCACCGGCCCGGUACCAGCUUUGUUCCCCGUGAGCCCCGCCGCUAACUCCAUGCUGCAGCCUUACCGGCUCGCUGCCGCCUCCCAGCCCGGCUUGAUGGUCCCCCGGCUCUCUCAUUGCACCAACUCCAAAUGCAUCCCGGACACGAUUCCGAUCACGGAGAACUUCCCCUGCGUCCGAUUGCCAACGGCGAUGCAUCCUCAGACCUACCACCCCUACAAGAUCGAGUCUUUCAUCGUCUAGAAGGCGAACUUUAAUGAGAACAAACUUCAAAAGAGGGAGAGAAAUGGAGCCUCUCUUUCCGCACUUUUGUUUCUAGAACUUUUAAUAGAGCCUCUAUGUUGUUGUUUUAACCCUGAGCAUCGCCGUGGACCUGGCAAAUAUUUUGGUUGGAAUUUUAUUUGUCCCCAAUAUUUGCUCUUCUGUAUACCGACAAAACCAGUUGUCCUGGUCGUAACAUAAAGGAACACUAUAUUACAGGGAUUGUAGUAAGUUCAUAUCUGAACAGAUAGAUUUUUUUCUUAAGAAGUAAAAGUGUGAUCAACUGGUUAUCAGAAUUUCUGCCUCAAACGAUGGCAUCACUGUGUGCCAAAUAAGUAGCUAACCUGAUUUUUAAAAACAUAAAUAUUUAUAAUUUUGAUUUCCAAACAAGAGGUAACCAGAUAGGCUUUUUAAUGUUGUGGUUUUAAACGGUUUAAUUGAUGACAAUGCUCCAAAUGAGUGAAUGAGUUUGAUAGAUCUCAGUACUUCAAGACGGGACCACUGCCAAUGUAAGCAGGUGAUUUUUUUUGGUGUGUUUUUUUUGGUUUUGUUUAUUAAGAGACAUGAGCUUUGUAUUGUAAAAUAAAAGCUUUGAUAACAAACCCCA